AUGAGCGUGCUGAAGUACGUCAUAGUUGCUUGCAGUACGGCCCGACUCAACUAUGACGUUCUAACUUCGAGACAGCAUUUGCAGAUCACGUGUGACCCGGGGUUACUGGUCAGCGCUGCAAUCUUGAAGAUCUCUAACACUGUCACCAAUGUUGUGUCACAGGUGAGUGAAAAUAACAAAGUCAGUCACUACAUCAUCAACAAGCAGCCAGGCGGUUUUGAAAUUGGCGACCAGGAUUUCGUGGACCUCCCAUCUCUCCUAGACUUCUACAAGAUUCACUACCUGGAUACGACGACGUUGAUGGAACCCUGUCCGAAGAACGCACCGGCCCCGCCCCAGAUCAACACUUCGACGCUUCAGGAGGAACAGGUACGCGCUGUCUACAACUUCCCCGGAAACGAUCAAGAAGACCUUCCCUUCAAAAAGGGCGACAUUCUAACCAUAAUCAAGAAGGUUGAAGAGGAUUGGUGGAUGGCCCGCGACUCGAUGGGAAAGGUGGGCAUGAUCCCUGGGAAGUAUGUCGAGCGGUACACCCCUCCGGGGAAACGGCGCAACAUUCCCGUUAAGGCUCGCGUGAUUCAGCAGAGGAUACCGAACGCUUACGACCAGACUGCGCUGAAGCUCGACGUCGGAGACAUUGUCACAGUCACGAAAAGAAACCUCAACGGCCAAUGGGAGGGGGAACUGGACGUCAAGGUGGGACACUUUCCCUUCACGCACGUGAAAGUCAUCGACCCAAACGACCCAGACGACAACGAGGUACCGUCGUGAAAAACACGGACAUUUAGUCAGAAACUAGAUUCAAAAGUAACGGAACAAAUACAGAAAACAUCAGAUUUGUUGUCCGUGGUACUGAAGAGUCAUCACACGGCAAAACGCUUCCCGAGAUGGAUUUUAUUCUGUAUUUCUGAUAGUUUGAAUGCAAUGCUGUAAUGGCUAACGCACACACCAUGCACGUCAAAAACAUGGAGGUAAAUAAAGAUGAACAUUAGCGUUGUGGUUUACACAUAUCGUCUGUUUCUUUUGAUGACGUUGUAUCCAUACAUUUUCAUGUUCUCAUUUUACAUGGGCCUCAUUACUCUGUCACAGUCUGUGAGACUUCAGUGCAGGCUAUUAAAGCAGAUGAAAUAGAAGGUUUACCCACGCUAUAUUUCUAGAAUUAUCACAAUCAUUACCGAGAAAUGUUGAAUCCCUUGCUAUGGCUCACUCGGCGUGUGCAUCAAAAAACACGUGUACAUAUUGAAAUGACAAUUCCCCAACCGUGACUUCGCCCAGAAAACGAUCUUUGACGUCCCCACUCCGAGACCAACUGGGUUGUACAUGUACAAGCACGGAGAUUCGUGAUCAGUUUUCUGAUUAUGGUACGUGACAAUACUACAUGAUGUCUGACUCAGAAGCAGACAAAAUUGAGACUCUAGAAGGUUUGUAUGUAUAUCAAAGCCUAGGGCUACUCUUCUUUGUACAUGUCUACGAUGAAUGACGAACUAAUGAACUGGUUCUAGGCUUCUUAAACUUUUACUAUGUGUAGUAUAAGUCAAUUAGACUCAGGAUCACACUAAUCUUUAGUGCAUUGUUCAACUAAGAACCAAGCAAACAACAAACGAAACAUGCCUUGUAAUAAACCAGAUCACACGCUA